GCGGACGGAUCAUCAGAGAAGUGUCGGUGGCCGCACACGGUCGAGUGAUUAGUGAGAGUGAUUUCAUCUGGACUCUAGCACCUAGCACAUCGGGUUUACCCGCACUUUACUUUCCUGCCGUAUCGACGCUUCGAUAUCUUCCAGGCCCGCGGUCAACGAUGAUGUCUCAGUUUUGUCUCGUAGCUCUGCUGGCCCUAAGUGCCCUCUCCUAUCGAGGAUCGGCUGCUCAUCCUGCGACAGAAGUUACCAAUCAAGAGAUUCGAGAUGCAAUCCUUUCACUGGUCCAUUCGUACAAUCAACUGGACAAUAAGCUGGAGCGUCACGAGCAGCGUGAGCGGGCCCACGCCGAGCAGGUUAAGAAGAGUCUAAUCACGGUGCAGAAGAACCUCCGGUCGCUGGAACCACUGCCGGGAAUGGUUAGCCGCCUGGAGGCACGGACUGGCCAAAUCGAGACAACUCUUUUGCAGCAUGGGGAGCAGAUUGACAAGUUCAACCAGCAGCAGCGUGAAGUCAGCAGUGCUCUCGAGGCUAUUCUGAACUGGUUGAGCAACAACGCGCAGACGCUGGAGACACGUGCCGCGACCGGAGCAAACCGCGAUGACGAUGACGAAAGUGUGGCCGGCAAGCUGGAUGAGGUGUCGGCAACCGUGCGUGAGUUGCGCCGUGAAUUGGCCGAACUGAAGAGCGAUCGUGAUGCAACGGAGGACGUGAACCGACAGCUGCUGAAGGAAACGGAGAAGCUGGUCAACUCGAAGCUGUCGUCGGCGGACGAGAUCAUCGCGAAGAUGGAGGAGAAGCUGUCCCAGUUCUACCUCACCAGCCCGGUGAUCGCGACCCAGAACACCGAGUUUGAGGAGCGCGUGGUGAAGCAGCUGACGGGGUUGAGCGAGGCGCUGGCGGCGGCCAAGGGUUCCGCGGGCAGCGGUGGUACCGGGCAGGAGCUGGCCACGCUGUCGACCGUCCCCGAUAAGGAGUUCAUGCAGGGUCUGGUGAACGAGGCCCUGGAAGCGAUCAACGAUAUGCGGCUCGAGGUGUUGACCGCGUCCGAUAAGAGCUUCACGAAGACGGCGACCAGGAUCAAGGAGAACAACGAGGCACUCCAAACGUCGGUGGACGAGAUACUGAAGCUGCUGACGGAGGAGCUGACCACGGCGGAUGCGUUCCACACCACGGCCAAGGAUCAGUUCAACGCGAUGAACGAAACGAUGCAGGGGUUGUCUGCGUUCCUGCUGAAGACGGGCGAAAACAUUCUGGACGCAAAGCGCGGCAUCGAUUACGGCAUUCUGCAGAUUAUGCGCGAGGUCAGCGACGUGGUCAAGGCCAGCUCGGGCAGUCUCAACACGACCGUGGCGAAGCGCUUCGACGAGAUCGGGGCAACGAUCCUGGACAACCACAACGGGGCGCUGAGUAAUCUCAGCUCAAAGAUCGAGACCGAGAUCAGCCAAGUGUGGCGCCAGAUCGGCAUCAUGUACCAGGAGAUUUCGUCCAGCAAGCAGGCGCUCGACCGGCUGCAGGAGCAAACGGAAACGUACGUCAACGGAACGCUCAACACGAUGGACAGCAUGGAGGGCAAGGUUUCGCUCAUCACCAACCGCAUGACGGAGGUUGACUCCAAUCUGAACUACCUGCUCGGCCGGCUGUCGAUGGUGACGCAGGAGUUCAACCAGAUCAAGCUGGGACUCGGCAAGGCGCUCGAUGAGAUCAAGGGCAGCUUCGCGGAGGUUCACAACCGCGUGAAGGGCCCCGGACCGCACCGGAUUUCGUCGGAGGAGAUGCUCGACGACAACGUUGGCACGCCCAAGUGAGGGCCAGUGAGGGCAAGCGGAGCCAGCGGUGCCAUACCAUCGGUGGAAGUAUUCUUCAGAACCAAAAAACUAAUCAGUGGCCAACCAUAUCGCUCUAUCUCGCUUCUCGUGCGUAUGUAUUAGCUAUUAGGGAUGCGUUUCAGUGUUUUUUUUCUUUAGGACGUGACGAAACUGACGACAGACCAAGUGGACGCGGUGGAAGUGGAAAAAGGCAGGAAUUCGUGUUUUACGUGGUAGAGAUUUACUUAUUAGUAUAGACAAUAGCGAGUGCGCUGCGUGUGCUUAAGUAAACGACAGAGAUAGUAAAAGCUAGGCGAU